UUAUCAACACGAUGAGGUUAGAAUGCAAGUGCCAUGGUGUAUCUGGUUCCUGUACCAUGAAGACGUGCUGGAACACGCUUCCAGCUUUUGGUAAAACAGCAGACUACCUGAUGCGUCGAUAUCAAUCAGCUAAGUGGGUGUUUGCUUUCUGGGGACUUCGAAAAAUGUUAGAAAUUCAACCAGAAAGAAUAGACCUCUGCUCGAGGACAAGAAAAUCAAAGCGACCACACAGGAACCUCGUAUAUUUAGAAAAAUCUCCCAACUAUUGUGAACCAAAUCCUUCGAAAGGAGCACCGGGGACUAUUGGUCGCGUGUGUAAUCAUGAAAACAAAAACGCCCACGAAAGUUGUACCCUAAUGUGCUGUGGAAGAGGAUAUAACACGCACAGCUACAAUACGACUGUUCAGUGUGAAUGUAAAUUUUCCUGGUGCUGCUAUGUUUCCUGUGAAUCGUGCAACAAAACGAUAGAAGAGUACACCUGUAAAUGAACUGUGCCAUUUACUUUGAGAAUUAAUUGCAUUUUACCAAGGGAUCAAUCAGGGAAAGACUUUUAAGUCAAACAAUAGCAUUCUUAGUGUGCUCCAUCGUAUCACUCAAACUAAACUUAUAUCCGAACACUUCUAUCCGAAUUGUGAUACUGUUUUAGAUGUAUCAUCUCAUGCGAAAUUCAUAGAAAUAUAAAAAAACCUCAGAACUCUCUGAAAAGUAAUUUCUAUAAUUUUUUACAGAAUUCUUAUUAAAUGGUUCAUUUAUGUAUAUUAGGAUAAUUAUUUUAAAGUUAUGUAAAACAGUAAAUUGAUAGAUUCCAUCUUUCGUAUACAUGGUGUUAUAAAAUCCAAUUUUACAAUUGCGACACAGAGCAUUAAUCUGGGUUAAAGAAGUUAAUUCUUGUUCAGAUUUAUUUUACUGUAUUAUCAUAUAAGUUUUCACCCUCCCCAAAUUUGUACAAAAUGCGCAUA